AUGAAGAGCUUCACCUUAAUAAGAGCUUUACUUCUCUGCAGCCUCAGCUGGAUCUCUGUCUCAGGUUCUGAGUCUCAGACUGUGGAGGUUCAGCCUGGAGAAGAUGUCACACUGCUGUGCUCCAACAUUUCCAGAAAUACAAUCCAUGCAGAAUGGUUCAGAGCGACCAACAGAACCAAACCCAGCUGUAUCUCCUCUAUGUUUGGAUCUGAUGGUGAGGCUUCAUUCUGUGAUGGAUUUCAAAAUGGAAAAUUUAAAAUGAGCUCCAACAUCGCCAUUAUUUUUCUUCACAUCAGGCGAGUGGAUUUAUCUGACUCUGGUCUGUAUUUCUGUGGAUUUUUCACUGGCACACAUACAGUCAUUUCUACUGCAACACAUUUAAACGUUGAAGGCGAUGGUGAAUCAGAUGAUGAAGUGGAUUGUAACACUCAAAAUAUGAUAGUCGAGGCUGAUGGAAUGACAACCCUAAUGAGUGUGAUCCUGGGUGGUCUGACUGCUGUCCUCACUAUAGUUGUCAUUGUUCUGGCUGUUAAAAUCAGGAAACUUCAGACAGCUGUGAAGGAAGAAGCGCAGCCAGAAAGAAACAAGAAUCUGGACUCAGAUGACCUGAACUACACAGCUCUACGUUUCCAGGCGAAACCAAAAAGAAACCACAGACCUGCACCAGAGAGAGAGCUGGAGACACAUGUUGUGUAUGCUGCCACCAGAUAGACUCAACUGGGACUGUAGCUCUGAGUGGAACUGAUGCUUUAUCACAUUAAUCUGCUGUUGUGUUUUUGUGUGUGAGUAGUGGGGGGAAGAAUAAACUUUGAUUCUGUA